UAUCAUCACAAAGCCACGAUAAAUAGUACUUCAUCCUAUCACUCAUGGAAGCUCAAGACAUUUACGCCGAGGUCCACAAGCGGUACUCGGCUGCUGCGGCCGGUGUAGAAGCUCACUAUGCCGAUUUUGUGGCAAAAUCAUUUGGCUACACAAAAGAAGAAUUGUCAGACAUUCCUCAGGAUGCCAACUUAGGCCUCUCUUGCGGCAAUCCUCUCGCCAUCGCGAGCCUGCGUGAGGGAGAGACUGUAAUCGACCUUGGAAGCGGUGCUGGGUUUGAUGCCUUCCUCGCCGCUCGAAAAGUAGGGUCUAGCGGCAGAGUAAUUGGCGUGGAUAUGAACGAGGAUAUGCUUAAGAAAGCAGAGGGGCUGAAGGCCUCGUGGGGCAAGAAUAAUGUGGAGUUUGUACAAUCGCAAAUCACACGAAUCUCUCUAGAGGACGGCAUCGCGGAUUGUAUCAUUUCCAAUUGUGUCGUCAAUCUUGUCCCAGAACAGGAGAAGCAGCUGGCCUUCAAUGAGAUGUUCCGUCUAUUGAAGCCGGGCGGACGGGUUGCCAUUUCGGACAUCCUCGCCAAGAUCCCACUACCUGACAAUAUCAAGAAGGGCAUGGCUUUGUAUGUCGGCUGCAUUGCCGGGGCAAGCGAGGUUGGGAUGUACCAGAAGUACCUAAAAGAAGCUGGAUUUAGUGGCAUCAUCAUACAGGAUUCAGGGAAUGACUUGAAUGUCUAUCACAACGAGACGAGUGACGGCUGCUGCAAGAGUCUUUCCACCCACAACUCCUAUCCUGCGGAGCAGGAUAAAGACUGCUAUACGGAAGCAGGUUGCAGUUCAACAGAAAGUGACUUGAUUAAUAUUCAAGACAUUGACUUUAAUGAAUGGACUGCUUCAUACAAGAUAUUUGCGGUCAAAGAUUGAUGGCUAUCAUACAGUAACGCUGAAGAGCACAUCUCAUGUUCCAAAGGAACCACCUUAAGAAAUGCACAGGUUAUCUGAGACACAUUGUGAUGCUUAAUUAU